GUGAUAUUUGUUUCUUCAGAAUUAAAUCAGUAGAAGACAUUUGCCAUUCAAUCUGGAUUAACUGAGAAGCUGGUCAGGAUUCACUCCCUCGUUAACCGACUGUGUCCAGACCUGUCAUCUUCUCUAAAGGAAUGUCUGUGUGCUGCCUUGCCCCUGAGGGGAAUCUGACUUCUCCUCCCACUUUCUGAAGAAUCCAGGGUGUGCGCAGGAGACUCGAGCCUCCUGGAGGGAGGAGUGGAAGGUUUAUACAAAAACCACUUCCACUGCCCCUGGACAGCAGGCCUUCUCUUUUGCCUUUGGAAGCAGGUUGAAGGAUGACUGACCAGAGCUCACAGGUUGGCAAGGAGAACUUCAGCGCAGCGUUGGCAAGAGGCCCAGUGUCUGGUCCAUGUCCUCAGUUCCAGCAAAGCUUCAUGCAGAGAGUGAUGUUGGUGGGGAAGCUGCCUACAAGUCUCGUCUUCCAUCGUGAAAAAAGCCCCAAAGUCGCCACUCUCCUGGGGAUUGGCAAGGAGACCAUGAAGUCCCUUACUGAAGGAGACUUAGAUGACUGCCUGCUAAGUAAGGUGGACUUGAGGCACCAACAGAUCUCCCAGGCUGUGGAAGAGGUGCAGGAAGUUGUCCAUUGUUUGACAACAGAAAUCAGCCACCAGGACGGUCGAUUCCAAGCUGUGCUUUCCUCUGACACAUACAAUGGGAGCAUUAAGGUUUUGGCCCCCAGCCAGUUCCUUGUCACAGUCCCACUGAAAGGCCUGGCGGGGUACAGAGAGGCCAGGGAGCAGCGCUGGCGAUACUACUCUCUGAAGGGCACCAGGCUCUCCUGCCCCUUGCGGGACCCUGAGGGCCUGCAGCAGUGGCUGGAGGCAGAUCAGUUCCUAAAGACCCUGUGGCAGUGGCAUGAGGCUGAUGUGAACAUCGAGGGGGACAUUGUGCCUGCCAAGGUCCUGGAGAUAUUCCGGAAGUUGGUGGAAAAUGCCAUCAGAACUUGUCACCUCUCAGGCAAGGUCAACAUACUACCAAUCCGCUCUGCUGUAUGGGUUGCCAUGGAAACAUCCACUGGCCAGGUAGAGAUAGAGCUGGCCCCCACCGUGGAGAUCUCCACUGCCUGGUCUGAGAAAGCUCAGUGGCCUCGGUGUCUGAAGCGCUGGCCUUCCCCCAAGAGAGUGGAGUGCAUCAAGUCGUUUGGGUUCAGCUUGGUGGCCCGCUCCAGCCACCACUGGCAGCUGAGCUUCUCCCAGGCUGAGCAGAUGCUGUUCCGGCAGCUGGAUGAGGACGGGGGCUGCCGCAGACAGAGCUUCCAGGUGCUGAGGCAGCUGAAGGAGGAUGUGUGGUGUCCUGGAAGGAGGCCAGUCAUCACCUCUCACCAUUUGCAGACCGUGCUCUUCUGGACCUGCGAGAAGUACCCGGGCCUCAGGGACUGGCAGGACUUGCGCCGAGCGCUCCUGCGCCUGGUGCGCAAGCUGCACAAGUGCGUGAGCCAGCACUUCCUCAAACACUACUUCGUCCCCAGGAGCAACCUCUUCCAGGCGGCCAACGCCGGCGAGCUGGACUCGGUGGCCCAGAGGCUGGCCUUCUUCCUCAAGAACCCCCAGGUCAGCCUGCCGUGAGGGUGAGGCUGGCCCCACCUGGCCUCGAUCUCAUUCUCACCGUGCUAGGCAGGUGCCCUGAGCCCACCCAGGAGAGAGGUGGCCAAUGGCAGAGGACAUAAUUAAACAGUGGUUCACCGAGGAGAAGCAGAACCACCCGGAGAUGCCCGGGAGCCACGCACGCAUUCGCCCUCUUACCUCUCCUGGGAAGGUUUCCCGCAGCUCUGAGCUCACUGUCCCUGCUCGUCUGCCCGGGCUCUGCUCCGCUGAAAGAAGAGUGGAGGCGGCCCCAGGCAGGCCCGACAUUAACCUGCUGCCCAGGAGUGGCCUGGACUAGGCUGGCUCCAUCUGCAGAGUGGGGCGUGAAUGUGCCGCCCUGAGAGCCAGCCAGGCUGCCGUCUGUGGCCCUGUGCUGGGCCUUUGCAAGGGGAAGGCAUUGCAAUGCCAUCGAGUGCUUCGAGUUGGUGUAGAGCUGGUAUCUGCACCCUGCCCCAGACCUCAGGUGGAUGCAGCAGCCUUGCCUGGAGAGCUGGCAUGCCUGCAGAGCUUGCUGACCUCCAGCCUCCAGUGGUGGGUCCGUGGUCCAUGAUCCUGCACUCCCCCGUGGCACAUUAUGUCCAAGAGGAAUGCACAGUUUAAACUCCAUCUGACACCAGUCACCACCCUCUACAAAAGGAACAAACUCUGUGCCAUGACCUUGGUGUCACCGGCCUCACAUUGCAUUCUUUUGCUCACUCUGUUUUAGUUCACCUACUUGCUUACCUUUAAAUACCUCCUAGGCAUGGAGAAUCCAGCAAAGAGCAAGGUGGGCUCACCGGACAGGGAAAGACAAAACACAAGCAACAGGUCCCUGAACACUCAUCACAGAUUGAGCAAUUGCUCUGAUGGAAACCAUGUGGAAAUAGUCACAGAAAGAUCUCCAAAUGUACAGGCGGCAGAAGGGGAGGGCAGGUGACCACAGGCAGGCUCAGAGGGGUGGCAUGAGUUUCAUCCCUUGGCUGUGAAAGCUGGGAAGGCAUUGGUAUUAUGUCCUGGGACCAAGGUCUGGUGUGGGUCCUCUGCCGCUGCAGAGGGGCUUCAUGGUCUCACUUGCAUUUCAAAUUGUUGUGCUGGUAACAGCAUCAGGAGGGCCUUGUGGUCACACAGUUGGCUGGGCACUGAGGCCCUUGCCAUGACCAACACAAAUUACCAUGAAUUCUAGAAGCUGUGGGUGAGACUAUUGGCUUCUGGUGUUUAUUGAAUGAUUGAUUCUCAACUCCACGGGAUCCUUUAUGACUUUUGAACAUUUUCUCUAUUACCUGUGCAAUAAAGCAAAAUUUCUAAAAAGUAUGAUCCACUGAUUUUUUUUUUUAAUUUGUGGUAGUAAAGCUUGAACCCGGGGCAAGUGUACUUUCCCUGAGCUGUAGCCCCAGACUUCUCUUUACUAUUUAUUUGAGACCAGAUCUCACUAAGUUGUCCAGACUUUUUUGAACCCACAAUCCUCCUGCCUCAGCUCUCCAAGAAGCUAGGAUUAUAGGCAUGUGCCAGUGACUCUGAUUUUGUUUUGAUGAAAAUUAAAAAUAUUAUUUUUUCAAAAGUACUGUAACCUGUGGGGAACCACAUGUCAUCACAUAGAAAACCCCUGUUUUAGCUGGUUGUAAACCAGUCUUACUAAAUGUGGACCAAUUCUAUGAUGUUGGGAACAGAAAACUAUGAGCAUUAAAUCAUCAGAUGUA